AGUCAUAUCCUAGCCUGUCUUACCUCUAAAGUAUCACUUGCUACUGUCAAAAUGGACAUUACCUUGAACAGCUCCUUGCCACCUGCUGACAUUCUGCUUAACACUACCACAGGAGCUCUAGGUGUUAAUGCCACCUUGUCUGCCAUACCAUGUCCAUUUGGUGUCUUGGGGAACAUGACCAGGCUGGAUGAGAACCAGUCCUUUCUUUGCAAUGGACGAGACAUUCCCCCUGAGGACAACUCUAUCAUCGUAGCAAUCAUCAUUGCUGCUCUCUACUCCAUGAUCUGUGUGGUUGGGCUCUUUGGCAACGUUCUGGUCAUGUAUGUCAUUGUCAGGUACACCAAAAUGAAGACGGCCACCAAUAUCUACAUCUUCAAUCUUGCCCUAGCAGAUGCCCUUGCAACAAGUACCCUGCCAUUUCAAAGUGUAAACUACCUAAUGGGUACAUGGCCUUUUGGAAAUAUUGUGUGUAAACUUGUUAUAUCGAUAGACUACUAUAAUAUGUUUACAAGUAUUUUUACCCUAACUACAAUGAGUGUUGACCGAUAUAUAGCAGUCUGCCAUCCAGUGAAAGCUCUUGAUUUCAGAACACCUCGAAAUGCCAAAAUUGUCAAUGUCUGUAACUGGAUUCUGUCAUCAGCAAUUGGUUUACCUGUAAUGUUUAUGGCAACAACAAAAAAUGAGAGAGGAUCAACCGACUGUGCUCUUAUCUUUCCUCAUCCAUCAUGGUACUGGGACAACCUUCUGAAAAUCUGUGUCUUUAUCUUUGCAUUUAUCAUGCCUGUCCUGAUCAUCACAGUAUGUUAUGGAAUGAUGAUCUUACGACUCAAGAGUGUCCGUAUGCUCUCUGGCUCCAAAGAGAAGGAUAGAAACCUCAGAAGAAUCACCAGGAUGGUGCUGGUUGUAGUAGCAGUGUUCAUAGUUUGCUGGACUCCCAUCCACAUUUAUGUGAUAAUUAAAGCCUUGAUCAAUAUUCCUCCUUCUCUCUUUCAGACAGUGACCUGGCAUGUGUGCAUUGCUCUAGGUUACACAAACAGCUGCCUUAAUCCAGUCCUUUAUGCUUUUCUGGAUGAGAACUUUAAGCGGUGUUUCAGAGAAUUUUGCAUUCCAACAACUUCAACCAUCGAGCAGCAAAACUCAGCUCGCAUGCGUCACAAUACCCGUGACCAUGUGUCCACUGCCAACACGGUGGAUAGGACUAACCAUCAGGUAUGACUAGCCGUGGAAAUGUCAUCUCUGGAUUCAGGUGUUCCUGCAGGGGAUGACAUGACGUCAGAAGUUACACAGAUAACUACAGGGCUUUAAUUCUCUGAUGGCAUUAGACAAGAUUUAUGAUUGUAUUUAUGUAGGGUAUAUACAGUGUCCAAGCUUUUUUUAAUAAAGGUUUGUCACUGCCCAUAGUUGAUAUU